CGUCACCACCGCCGGUGCAGCACGGGAGGGCUCUGCCGGGCUCGGCGGAGCCGGGAGCCAGCCCCUGGCCGUGUCCCUGCGUCCCGGGGGGCAGGAGCUGUGGCCCCGGGGGACAUGGGGCUCUCACAAAGCAAGGGCAGUGACCCAGCGCCGAGCGGCAGCGUGGGGCCAGAGGGCGAAGGGAGCGAUGCCCUCCCCUCAGACAUGGGCAGUACUGUCCACGAGGGCCUCAUCCAGCCCAGGAAGGUGCCAAACCCGAUGCGGGAGUCCCGGAGCUACCGGGAGCUGCACCGGGAGCUGCUCUUCAGCCACAGCAGGGGGAUCCUGCCCCGGCACCGGGCUGAGCUCCCGCGGGUGCUGGAGAGCCGGCGGCGGAGGCAGCUGAGGGAGGAGCUGCGGGGACCUCCCUCGGACCUUGAGCAGCAGCUGAGCAAACGCCACCAGAGGCUGGAGCAGCACGAGCGGGAGACAUCGGUGGGACCGCCCCCGGACCCCCGCCCCGAGUUCCUGCUGGUGCGGGACCGCCUGAGGAAGAUGAAGCUGGCAGAGGCGGGUGCCCGGCAGACGUGAACAGGAGCCCGGGGGGCUGCUCCCCGGGGACCUCCGCGGGGCCGCGCUGAGUCCGUGCUGGCACCGGGAACGGCACCCAGCGCUGUCAUACCGGGAGGAGUGUGGGCCCGGCGCGGUGAGAACCCAGCGUGCCAGGGGCUGGAAUGAGCUGGCAGGGCCGGGGCAGCGGCGGGGGCAGCGCCUGCACCCCCUGCAGCUGCUCCUGCUGCCGUCCAAUAAAGGCUUCGGUCUGGGCGUCCUCAUGCAAAUGCCAGCGGGACAGGGGGCAGCGGCAGGGGGCAGCGGCAGGUGGCACCGCCCUGGCGUGCGGCGAGCCGCAGGGAGGGCAGGGCGGUGGUGGCCGGGGGCUCGGUCCCCGGUGGUGCCACCAGCCCGGAUGCAGGUCGGUGUCCACCCGAGGCCUUCAGCCAUCCGCUGGUGGCACAGAGCCUUCCUCCACCCCGGGAGCCUCCUUCUGCCCUCUCCUUUUUUGGGGUUUCUCUCUCUUGGGUUUUUCUGCUUUCCAUAACCAAAGGCCCUUCCCCCU